UCAAGGGCGAUUGACGCGGCCCCCAACGGCGGAGCGCGGUUUCGUCACCCCUUUGUGGCGCGGUUCGUCUUCGACCCCUCGCCAUGGGUGCGAACAAGGUGGUGCAGAAGUCCAAGGAGGCCAAGAUGAAGGCGGCCAUGGCGGGCGGCAAAAGCCGCAAGAAGAAGUGGGCCAAGGGCAAGGUCAAGGAGAAGCUGGCGAACUUGGUCAUGUUUGACAAGGCCACCUACGACAAGAUGCUGAAAGAGAUCCCCAAGGCGCGGCUCAUCACGCCCUCCGUGGUGAGCGAGCGGCUGAAGGUGAACGGCUCCGUGGCGCGCCAGGCGAUCCGACACCUGGAGGACCGAAGGGCAUGAUCGCCCAUGUGGGCGAGAAGUCCAGCAAGCAGAUGAUCUACACCCGAAAGAUCGGUGGUGGCGAGGACUGAGUGCACUCAACGCGAACGAGCAGAAGUUACGCCUGACAGCCGAAUGGAGCCGGUUUGGUGAA